AUGAAUAAAGUUUCUACCAUAUUUUUAAUUAUCUUUGGCCUCGUUUUCUUUACUAAAGCUGAAGAACAUGUAAUUAAAGUUGGUUAUCCAGAAGGAAAAAAUUUAUACGCUCCUGACACUAUAACUGCCGCAAUGGGUGAUACCGUCAAAUUCGUUUGGAUUAGUGGUCAACACAGCGUCAUCGAAUCUAAUGCAAAGGGAUCUUGUAAAGCAUUAGCAUCUAGCGAUGCUUUUUUUACUGGAGUAUUCGACGCACCUAAAGAAUGGACUCUUAACAUUAAAGACGCAUCUGGUAAAAAAUGGUUCUUUUGCAGUGUUGAAGGUCAUUGCGCUGCUGGUAUGGUCGGUACAAUUGUCAUUGGCAAGUUUGCUGCGCCAUCCGAAGUUUCACCUAAAACUACGCAAAACGCUCCACCCGAAACUUUGUAUAAAACACCACCCGGACCUUCUCCCGGAAUUCCGCCUGGACCCAAAUCUGUUCCUGAAUCGUCAGCAAAACCUGCACCGGUUAUGGUGGGAGUAAUUAUUGGAUCAAUGCUUGGUGGUAGUUUAUUAACUGCUGGAAUUUUCAUUUUAUACAAAUGGAACAAAAACAAACAAGGAAAAAGAGAUACAGAAAGUCUUGCAAUUACAAAUAAUAAAUCCGAUGAUAAUGGGAAAAAUAAAGACGUUGUUAAUAAUGAGAUACGACUUGAUAAUGAAUCAAAUAAUGAAGUUAUUGAUAAUGGGAUUAGACUUCCAGAUAAUGAAGUGUAUAAUCAUGGACAAGGGGCAAUUCGAAACGUUGAUAGUGAAAUUAUUCAACAUUUGAAAAAUGAAAUGACUCAGAUAAUAAGGCAAGAAAUAAAGAAUUUAAAAUAA